AUGAUAUGUGAGAGGCACAAAUUAGACCCAUCCGCUUGUCCUCAUGGCUGGACUGAGCUCCUAUCCGCCGUGCUACAGUACAACCCAAAUGAUAAUCCUAAGCACUGUAAGUUGAGCAAAGCCAAAUUGGAUAGUCUGAGCUUUGGCAGUAAUAGAAAAACUUAUUACAAAAAGCUUUUAACAUCUCUAAAGGUGGAAAACAUUGCCAAAAAUUUGCUAAGGAAAAACAAUAGGAGUAAACGCAUUAACAUUGAAAUGGAUAACAAAGAUAAUACAGCAGCUGGGAGACCCUUUUUUAGGGACCUUGGGUUUUCUAAACUGCAAAAUAUAGCAUUAUUCAGUGACGAGAUUGAUAAUACCACUGAUGACACUAGCAAUGAAAUAUCAGUACAAGAUCAUUUUGGAGUUCAGGUCGAGCAAAACGGGAGCUUAAAUUAUUUGGAACUGGGUUACCAAAUAGACUUUGGGAGAAUGCAAAUAUAUCCACCGAUAUACACACCAUCCAUUGAUCGUUUUGACCAUUAUUGUGCAAGUUGA